UUGUAUAUCACCUAUCGAACUUAUUAGGAAGGAACUUUCACUAACUUCUGGUGAGUAUCACAUGGAGUCUAAGAAUAAGGAUUUCAGAAAAAAAGACCCCUUAAGUGAUGAUACUAUAGAAGAUAAAGAUUCUCUUGUGGGUCAGGAGGGAAAGAAAACCAAAGUUACUACGUAUGAUCAAGUGACAAGUCCAAUUGCAUUUCGAGGAUUGUUACAUGAAUUAUCUACACCUAUUAAGGGGAAGACUACUGAAACCAAUAAUAAGGAUGAGGAUUCUGAGGAUCGAUCUCGCAGAAUUUAG